CUAGCAGGGGGGAGAGGGCAGAGGGGAAAUGAGAUGCAUUAGGAGGACACUGAGCCACUUUCUUUCUGAGCACAAUGGGAGUGCUUCCCAAGAAACUUCCCUUUCACUUCCCUCUGCUCCAGCCCUGAGCAAUGGGACACCUUCCCUACAGCAGCAAUAACUUAUUCGGGAGGAAAACAGCCCAGGAAGCAGGAAUCAACAGCAGCCGAACGGCGGGCAGGAAAGCGAGACAACCGGGACUGCAGCACGGCUCCACACAGACAAAUUCCUGUGGAUGUAAUUAGGAAGACACCCGGCUAGCGACGGAGAUUAAAGCCCCGGGUUAUUGUUGAGGGUCGACCCCCCCGCCCCCAUCCUACCCUCACCACCCUGAUGGCAAACCUACACCCCCUGCGUCUUCCCCUCUUGCCAGCCUGAUGUCCGGAGCCAGAUCCCGCUGAAGGGAGAUUUCGGUGCGGGAAAGCCUACUCCUCCGGCCCCGAGCACCACUGCAGUGGCGGUGGCGGGGGCACUGGCGGAGAGGCGGGACGAGCCCAGGCAGCGCCGGUGCGGAGCGGAGCCGCCGGCCGCUGGGCAGGCGCCCGCGGAGCGCCGCGCUCCGCCGCUGUCCAGGGUGCUGAUCGGGAGGGGCGCCCGGUAGCGCUGUCCAGGGUGCUGACCCAAGCCGCCCGCCCUGUUACUGCCCGGGGUACCCGACUGGAGCCCCCCCGGCCUUCCCCCUGGCAAGGCUGCCUGCCGAGCGGUGCUCGCUCUCCACACCCAUUCUUCCUAAGUGCCGGGUUACUUUAUUGGCCAACCCCACCGGCCCACCCUCACGGAGUACAAAAAAAAGAGAAAAAAAGACUGCACUAACAGCGAGAACUGGAAAAAUGUGCAACGUCAACGCGCUUGGAGUCUACGUGUGGGAGACGAUCGUUUUCUUCAGCCUGGCAGCCUCCAAAGAAGCUGAAGCAGCAGCACGAUCUGCCCCCAAGCCCAUGUCUCCUUCCGACUUCUUGGAUAAGUUGAUGGGGCGAACUUCAGGAUAUGAUGCCAGGAUAAGGCCAAAUUUUAAAGGUCCACCAGUGAAUGUCAGCUGCAACAUUUUCAUCAACAGCUUUGGGUCGAUUGCAGAAACAACGAUGGAUUACAGGGUGAACAUCUUCCUGCGACAGCAGUGGAAUGACCCACGGCUGGCAUACAACGAAUACCCCGAUGACUCUCUGGACCUGGACCCCUCUAUGCUGGACUCCAUCUGGAAGCCUGAUUUGUUCUUUGCUAAUGAGAAAGGGGCCCAUUUCCAUGAGAUUACCACAGACAACAAGCUUCUGAGAAUCUCCAGAAAUGGCAAUGUCCUCUACAGCAUCAGGAUCACGCUGACUCUGGCCUGCCCCAUGGACCUGAAGAACUUCCCCAUGGACGUACAGACAUGCAUCAUGCAGUUAGAAAGCUUCGGCUACACAAUGAACGAUCUCAUAUUUGAGUGGCAAGAAAAAGGAGCCGUGCAAGUUGCUGAUGGUUUGACUUUGCCUCAGUUUAUCCUCAAAGAAGAAAAAGACUUGAGAUACUGCACAAAGCACUACAACACAGGCAAGUUCACCUGUAUAGAAGCUCGUUUCCACCUGGAGAGGCAGAUGGGCUAUUACUUGAUCCAGAUGUACAUCCCCAGCCUCCUUAUUGUCAUUCUGUCCUGGAUCUCCUUCUGGAUCAAUAUGGAUGCUGCACCUGCUCGCGUUGGCCUGGGGAUCACCACAGUCCUCACUAUGACCACACAGAGUUCCGGUUCCCGAGCAUCACUGCCCAAGGUGUCCUAUGUGAAGGCCAUAGAUAUCUGGAUGGCUGUGUGCUUGCUGUUUGUGUUCUCUGCACUUCUAGAGUACGCUGCCGUCAACUUUGUGUCCCGGCAGCACAAAGAGCUGCUCAGGUUCAGAAGGAAGAGGAGGCAUCAUAAGAGCCCCAUGCUGAAUCUGUUUCAGGAGGAUGAAGCUGGUGAGGGCAGGUUCAACUUCACGGCCUACGGGAUGGGACCAGCUUGCCUACAAGCCAAGGACGGCAUCUCCGUCAAGGGUGCCAACAACAACAACACGGCCAACCCGGUCCCCGCACCGUCCCGCUCCCCCGAGGAGAUGCGAAAGCUCUUCAUCCAGCGAGCCAAGAAGAUCGACAAGAUCUCACGCAUCGGCUUCCCCAUGGCUUUCCUCAUCUUCAACAUUUUCUACUGGAUCAUCUACAAGAUCGUCCGCAGAGAGGAUGUGCACAACCAGUGAGGGAAGGGGAGCAGCUGGGAGAGAGUGAGCAAUCCUUUAUAUAUGUGCAAUAGCAAUGCAGCAAUGCAUGAAUUUAAGAAUGUGGCAAUAUCUACUAAAAAAAACGGGGGGCGGGGGGGGAGCUGGGAGGGACUUUUAAUCGUGUGACCUGAGGAUGACUGGCACAGGGAGGAGAAAAGCUCUUGACCUAGGGAGCUCAGGGUGGGUUUUAGUUUUACAGCAUAGGAAGGUUUGGAUUGCUCCAGCUGCAAUCCAAGCGGUGUAAUAUAUUAAUAUAUAUUCAUGCUUAAUUAUAAUGCAAAAAGAAAACCAUCAAAAAAAAUAUAAACAAAAAAAAUUCAUUUUUUUAGCCUAUUAACAGCUUAGAUUCUCAAGUCACUGGAAUGAUUCAUAAUUCCAUGUGCAGAAAUGCUUUAUCUGAUUUUUGCUAUAGAAAGGCCAUACUAGUCAAGCAUGUGGGGAAAAAAGAGCCCUAACAAAUGAAAAAAAAAAAAAAAAGAAAGAAAUGCUUCUCUAGGUUCUGCACUUUGAAAAGUGGAUAGAUGAGGAAACUUAAGAAAGAGGCUGUGAGUUGUUGUUUAUUUUAUAUUUUUACUUUUUUUAGUUAUGGUUUUGCCAAUCAAACACUUUGUGACUUUUGGAUAGAGGAAAACAAAUACGUUAUCUCUCUCAUCCUCAUCAGAGAGAAUCCAAUGGGAAACAUUAAAAGGACAUCAGGGCUCCCAUCAGAAAUCACAGGUACCUUCUGUCCUUUUAAAAGACCUGGCAGGAUUCAAGUCCCAGGAGUCAGAAAUAAGAUUCAGAACACUAGAAAUUAUGGACAGUUUUUAAAACAGCUUGUUUGUUUUUCCCAAACUCCCUUUUGCCAUGUUUGUUUAUAAUAGGGGUAGGAUGGAAGCGUCAGCUGAGUUAAAGCAGAAAUUAUAUUUAAAAUGUAGAGAAACCGGGCAUUUUCAAUGCCUUGUUGCAACAGGGCCGGGCGAACGGCAAUAUUGUUAGUAAGGGAUGGGGGGUGGGAAGGUGUGUACAAAGAGAGCAGGUCUUAUUUUCAGACAUUUCAUAGCAGUAAUAUUCAUAGCAAAGCUCUGAAACUCUAUUUUUGUAUCUAUUUUGGUGCUGCAUUUAGCUUUAACGUGGACGGGAAGCUGGAGCGGGGCUGCUUUGCCGCAGGGGAGCCUGGCACAGUUGGAUGGGGAUGGGAAUGGGGAAGGGAGGGAGGGAGGUGGGAAUGGGUGAGCAAGGGGGUCUCUCUUUGGCCCCGUGGUAGCACAGGUUGGUGUUGGUAGCUGGGGUGGGGGGGGACACAUCAAAUGCAUCCAGGGUGUUCUUUGAAAGCCUGGCUUGGGGCUGGCCUGGGCAAGUCAAGGCCUUGAUGCCCCACUUGUCCAGCUGGGACCCUGGUGUGAGCUGGGCUGCAGCACCCGUGUGAUUCAGUCGUGUUCAUUUGCACUUUAGCAAGGAGGGUAAAAGAGAGUGUGAAGGAAGAGACAAUCAGUCUGCACUGAAGCACUUGGGGUUAGGUCUUCAUUAGGGACUAAAUGAAGGCAGAGACAAGCAGCACCCAAAGGGUGCUUCCACCAUCCUCUCCUGCUCAGGACAGGGCUGCAGCUGAGCUGGGCUGCAGAUCCCAUGCUUGCUGCAGGAACAUAGAGGUUCCCACUUGCAGAAGCUGCCACCCCCACAGCAGAUGGAGCAGCUCCCAGCAAAGUGCCCUCUGGUGCUGUCAAGUCCCAUCUGGCCCAGGGCAGCAUCCAAGCCUGGAAUGGGAGGUUAGGACCCCAUGCUCAGGUAUGGGUGUCCCAACCAGUGCAGCAAGAGGCAGCUAUGGGAGAGGGCAGGGGAGCAUGGGGACCUGCGAGCUGUCCUAGCACAGGGUCAGUGCCAAGAGGAGGAAGCUCAGAGAGAGCACCGGGGUUCUCCUGGGCUGGGUAGAGAGACACCCAUCUCCAAGGCUGCCAAUUCAGCACCUUUCACCAGCACUAAAUACACUUUACUUUAAAAAAAAAUAUAAAUAAAAUAGAAAAAAAAAAAAAGAAAAGAAAAAGAAAAAAGAAAGAAA